UAUUAUUGUCCCACCUCUAAAUCAUGUGUUCCUCGUCUUUUAAAACAGGAUUGUACCCAUCUGCAGCGUCAAAUAACAACGGCAAACAUACCUGACUUCAGGUGUAUUUUGUUGAAGUGAAUUUACUCUAACCCUGGGCGUUUUGUGUGCUUAUUUGGGAGAUUCGGAGGUUUCUGUUUUCUGCCGGAAUCGGAUCGUGUGCGCUCCUUCUGUUUCCGUGUCUGGGAGGAGAACAGCGGUGUGAUUUCAGAGGAGACUGUAAUCUUUCAAAAUGCAGGACCCCAACGAAGACACAGAGUGGAAUGAUAUCCUGAGGAAGAAAGGCAUUCUUCCUCCCAAAGAGAUACCUAAAGAUGAUGAGGAGGAGGAGCUGGCCCUCCAGCAGCAGUCUGUCGUUAAAACAUAUGAGAGCAUGACGCUGGAAGAACUGGACGAGAAUGAAGAUGAGUUUGGUGAGGAAGAUGAGGCUGCCAUUGAGAUGUACAGGCAGAAGCGUCUUGCAGAGUGGAAGGCGACUCAGAUGAAGAAUGUGUUCAAGGAGGUGGGGGAAAUCUCAGGGCAAGACUACAUCAAGGAGGUCAACAAGGCUGGAGAGGGCAUCUGGGUGGUGCUGCACCUCUACAAACAGGGCAUCCCCCUGUGUACCCUCAUCAACCAGCACCUCAGCACCUUGGCCAGGAAGUUCCCCCAGACCAAGUUCCUCAAGUCCAUCUCCACCACCUGCAUCCCCAACUACCCCGACCGCAACCUGCCCACCAUCUUCGUCUAUUUUGAGGGGGAGAUGAAGGCCCAGUUCAUCGGUCCCCUGGUCUUCGGGGGCAUGAACCUCAAAGUUGAAGAGCUGGAGUGGAGGUUAUCAGAGACUGGGGCGGUGAAGACAGACCUGGAGGAAAACCCCAAGAAGCAAAUCGAAGACAAGCUAAUGUCGUCGAUCAGAUGUUCGCUCCCCACGCGAAAGGACAGUGACUCUGAGGACGAGGACUAUUAGAAAAAAAAUACCCGUCACUCCGAACCAGAAUGGCCACGUGGCUGCUACGUGGGAAACACGUAGGACCUUGAAACGUUUGAUGAUGCUUUGUGCAAGGAAGGCAUCUCCUUUAUAAGCAAGUAGGUUUCAUAUCUCACACAUGUAGGUGGCGUUCUUAUGCAGGGCUCGAUCCUGGUCAAGGGGACCUUUGACAGGACACUUGGCUGGAGAGAAUCAAACCUACAACCUACAUCUCUGUGGGAAAGUGUAUAAAACAUAACGGUCACCCCUUCGUGAUUUGAAUUCCAUCCAACUCCGUCACCUGAAUUUUUACAAAAGCUUCAAAGGCAAAUUUUAACUUUUUUAUUAUGUUUCAUGAUAAUUUUGUCACAAAAUAUACAUGUACAUUUCAACCUGUUAAAUUAAAUGUGAGUCCACCUCUUUGCCACAAUAA